CGCUCUCUUUUAUGGAGAGGAUCUAUUUGGGAAUGGUGGGGAUGGGGUGGGCCACGUGCACCUGUUGAACUGGAUCCUUCCUAAGUUGUGACAGCUCUCGCUGUUCCCGGAGAGUGUGUGUGCCUGCGGCGGGGAGUCGGGGGGGGCUAACUCGCUACCCCUCCCCCAACACCUUUCCCCCGGCUGGUUGAGAGGUGUACUGGAUCCCACAGCCCCGCGGCGGACAGAACUUGGCUUACAGCCUCCGGGGAACGGCAGCCGGGACCUUCCUUCCUUGUCUCCAGCCCGAGCACAGGGAGCGAGAGAUGGCAGAAGGUCCGAAGGACGAAUCGGCGGCAGGGGACGAAUUUAACGAAAUCAUUAAAACUCGCACGGAUGAAAGAGAAGAUGUUCAAAAGAAAACAUUCACAAAAUGGAUAAAUGCGCAGUUUGUCAAGGCUGGGAAACCUUUGAUUGAAGAUCUAUUCACUGACUUGCGUGAUGGAAGGCGACUUCUGGAACUUUUGGAGGGUCUUGUUGGCCAUGAUCUAGCAAAAGAAAAGGGAUCUACAAGGGUUCAUGCUCUGAACAAUGUCAACCGAGCAUUACAGAUUUUGCAGAAGAACAAUGUGGAUUUGGUAAAUAUCGGAGGAAGUGAUAUCGUGGAUGGAAAUCAUAAACUUACCCUGGGUUUGAUCUGGAGCAUCAUCCUCCACUGGCAGGUGAAAGAUGUUCUGAAAGGCAUCAUGGCCAAUCUGCAGCAGACUAACAGUGAGAAGAUUCUGCUGAGCUGGGUGCGUCAAUCCAUCCGUAACUACAAGCCAGUUAAUGUCGUCAAUUUCACCUCCAGCUGGUCAGAUGGCCUGGCCUUGAAUGCCCUCAUUCACAGUCACAGGCCUGACCUCUUUGAGUGGAAGGACGUUGCAAAACUACAGUCAGCAAAUGAGAGACUGGACCAUGCCUUCAAUGUGGCCAAACAGCAUCUUGGCAUAGAAAAACUGCUGGAUCCUGAAGAUGUUGCAACUGCACAUCCGGACAAGAAAUCCAUCAUUAUGUACAUCACGUCGCUCUUCCAGGUUCUGCCCCAGCAAGUAACUAUUGAAGCCAUCCGGGAAGUGGAAACCCUGCCACGACAGCCAAAGGUUACUCAGGAAGAACAAAGGGAGAUGCUGCGAAAACAACAUUUCUCCCAGCAGCUCAUGGAAUCCUCAGUAGAGAAGCCAGCUGGAAGCUCAACAGUGGAAAGUGAAGUGGACCUGGACAGCUACCAGACUGCACUAGAACUAGUACUGACCUGGCUGCUUUCUGCCGAGGAUUCACUACAGGCACAGGGUGCAAUCUCGGAUGAUGUGGAGGAAGUCAAGGAGCAGUUUCAUGCCCAUGAAGGCUUUAUGAUGGAGUUAACCUCACAUCAAGGCAGUGUGGGUAAUAUUCUACAAGCUGGGAAUCAACUUAUUGAAGAGGGAAAAUUGUCAGAAGAUGAAGAAAAUGAAAUUCGGGAGCAGAUGAACUUGCUGAAUUCCCGAUGGGAAACUCUCAGAGUAGCCAGUAUGGAGAGACAAAGCAAAUUACACGAGGAGCUUAUGGAUCUUCAGCAGCAGCAGCUGAAACAUUUAGCUGAUUGGUUAACAAAUACAGAGGACAGAAUUAACCAAAUGGAGGAAAUGCCUCUUGGCCCAGAUCUGGAAGCUUUAAAACAGCAAGUGGAGGAACAUAAACUUCUUCAAGAGGAUCUAGAACAAGAACAAGUACGAGUCAACUCUCUGACACACAUGGUAGUGGUAGUUGAUGAGAGCAAUGGAGAAAAUGCCACUGCUGCUCUAGAAGAAGAACUUCAGAUUCUUGGAGAGAGAUGGGCGGCCAUUUGUAAAUGGACUGAGGAACGCUGGGUCCUAUUGCAAGAGAUCCUUUUUAAAUGGCAGUAUUUCACUGAGGAACAGUGCCUAUUUGAUAAAUGGUUGGCGGAGAAGGAAAAAUCAGUGAGUAAGAUUCAAACAUCUGGUUUUGAAGAUCAGAAUGAGAUGCUCACUAAUCUGAGGAAAUUAGCGAUGCUAAAAGGAGAGCUGGAGCAGAAACGGCAGACAAUGGACAAGCUUUGUGCCCUCAGUCAGGAUCUUCUUGCCUCUCUACACAACAAAGCUGUGGCUCAGAAGAUUAAGGCAAGGCUUGAUGAACUGGCUCAACGCUGGGAUGAUCUUGUACAGAAACUGGAGAAUGGUUCGAAGGAGAUUUCACAGUCUGCUACUGCAACUGAGACAUCAUUAAUACAGACCACCGUAAUGGAAACCGUAACCAUGGUUACAACCAAAGAACAGAUUUUGGAUAAACCGAAAGAGGAACUUCCUCCAGCCCCUCCUCCCAAGAAGAGGCAGGUACUUGUGGACUCUGAGCUCAGGAAGAGGUUUGAUGUUGAUACAACAGAGUUGCACAGCUGGAUGACACGAUCAGAAGUUAUCCUUCAAAGUCCAGAGUUUACAAUUUACCGGAAAGAAGGAACAAUUUCAGAUCUUCAGGAAAAAGUUAAUGCUAUUGAAAGAGAGAAACCUGAAAAAUACAGAAAAUUGCAAGAUGCCAGCAGAUCAGCUCAGGCCCUGGUGGAACAGAUGGUGAACGAGGGGAUUUCAUCUGCUGAAGAUAUCAGACAGGCUUCGGAACAGCUGAAGAAGCGCUGGGAGGAAUUCUGUCAACUACUGCUGGAGAGGAUGGACUGGCUGCAGCAUCAGGAAAAGAUCAUUAGCAUCUCUUCACAGCUUCAAGAGCUUCAGCAGGCCAUGAUCUCUGCAGAGAGCUGGCUGAAAUCACUGCAGUCACCACCCACCGAGUCUGACACAUCAAAGAUCCAACUAGAGAAAUGCAAGGAGGAAAUCUCACGAUUGAAAGCACUGCAACCAUUGGUUCAAAAGCUGACCAAACAAGGAUCUGAACUAAAACGGAAAGAAGAAGUGCCCAAGUCUUUGGGGGGUGAUAUUGUUGCUUCUACCAGUCACUAUGCACAAGUUCUUGCAGCUCUGCACAAUCAAGAAAAGUUAUUGCAGUCUCUUCUGGAAAGCCUACCUUCUCUUCGUUACAAGGAAACUUUGAACAAGCUGGUUCUGUGGAUCCAGCAAUUAGAAGCCAAGUUAACUUUAUCACGUGUUACCGUGACAGAGUAUGAAAUUAUGGAGCAGCGACUGAAGGAGCUGAAAGUUUUACAAGGUUCUUUUCAGGAACAGCAAAGUAGUCUGAAUUAUCUCACAACAACUGCAGAGGAGGUGUCAAAGAAAGCCCCAGCAGAGAUAAGCCAAAAAUAUCGAUCAGAGCUUGAAGAAAUUGUUGGCCGAUGGAAGAAAUUGACACUUCAUUUGAUGGAGCAGAGCCAGAAACUUGAGGAACUGUUAACAAAAGUUCAGCAGUUUAAGAAUGACACAAAAACCUUGAAGAAAUGGAUGGCUGAAGUGGAUGUUUUUUUGAAGGAGGAAUGGCCUGCCCUUGGUGAUUCAGAAGCACUUGAGAAGCAGCUUGAGCAGUGUACUGCUUUAGUGAAUGACAUCCAAACUAUCCAGCCCAGCUUAAAUGGUAUUAAUGAAGUUGGAGAAACCUUGAAAAGCCAAGCUGAGCCUGAAUAUGUGAGCAAAUUACAGACCGAACUUGCUGAUCUGAAUGGAUGUUGGGAUAAUAUUUGUAAACAGGCAUAUGCCAAAAAGAAUGCGUUAAAGGGUGGACUGGAUAAGACUAUGAGUCUCAGAAAGGACCUGUCAGAAAUGCAGGAAUGGAUAGCACAAGCUGAGGAGGAGUAUUUGGAAAGAGACUUUGAAUAUAAAACUCCUGAAGAGCUCAAGAAGGCUGUAGAAGAACUCAAGCAAGCCAAGGAAGAAGUUACACAGAAGGAGAUGAAGGUGAAACUUCUGAGUGACGCUGUUAACAAUUUCAUAACAAAGGCUCCACCUGUAGCCCAUGAAGCUUUGAAGUCUGAGCUGGACAUGCUGACGGGCAAUUACCAGCGGCUCUGCAGCAGACUAAAUAGAAAGUGCAAGACUCUUGAGGAGGUGUGGUCGUGCUGGUGUGAAUUACUGUCUUAUCUGGAGGCAGAAAAUCUAUGGCUUGAUGAACUGGAGCUUAAACUCAAAGAAACAGAAAAUCUUCAGGGAGGUGCUGAAGAGAUCUCUGAGGCACUUGAUUCCCUGGAAAAUGUCAUGCGUCACCCAGAUGAUAAUCAGAAUCAAAUCCGUGAGCUGGCACAGACACUGACUGAUGGUGAAAUUUUGGAUGAGUUGAUCAAUGAAAAGCUGGAAACAUUCAAUACUCGCUGGGAAGAGAUGUUACAACGGGCUGUAAGAAGACAGAAAGUCCUUGAGCAGAGCAUUCAAUCUGCACAGGAGACAGAUAAAACUCUUCGUUUAAUCCAAGAAUCUCUUGCAUUGAUUGACAAACAGCUGACAUCAUGCAUUGCUGACAGAAUUGAUGCUGCCCAGGUCCCUCAGGAAGCUCAGAAAAUCCAGUCUGAUUUGACAAGUCACGAGAUUAGUUUGGAGGAAAUGAAGAAAAGGAUCCAAAGUCCUGAUGUCGUUGGUCAGAGCAAGUCUUCUGGGAGAGUCUUAUCGCAAGUUGACAUAGCACAGAAGAAGCUGCAGGAUGUUUCCACCAAGUUCAGAUUGUUCCAGAAACCAGCCAAUUUUGAGCAGCACCUGUUGGAAUGCAAAAGGCUCCUGGAUGAGGUGAAAUCUGAACUACACAUGUUGGAGAUGAGCAGUGUAGAACCGGAAUAUGUCCAGAACCAACUUGACCAUUGUAUGAAAUUAUAUAAGAGUCUGAGUGAAGUGAAAUCUGAUGUGGAAACAGUGAUUAAAACUGGACGUCAAAUUGUACAGAAACAGCAAACAGAGAAUCCCAAAGAACUAGAUGAGAGAGUAACUGCCUUGAAACUACAGUACAAUGACCUCGGAGCUCAGGUAACUGAAGGAAAGCAAGAAUUGGAGAAGUCUCUGAAAUUUUCUCGGAAGCUGAGGAAAGAAGUGAAUGCUUUGACAGAGUGGCUGGCGGCAACAGAUGCAGAGUUGACAAGGAGAUCAGCGGUUGAAGGCAUGCCUACUAAUUUAGACACUGAGGUUGCCUGGAGUAAGGGUACACAGAAAGAUAUAGAGAAGCGGCGGCUACUGCUGAACAGCAUCACAGAGACUGGUGAGAGUCUGAAGGCCAUGUUGGGCAAGAGUAACAAUGUUGUUGAUGAUAAACUCAGUCUGUUGAACUGUAAUUGGAUAGCAGUCACAUCACGGGCCGAAGAAUGGCUUAAUCUUCUGCUGGAAUACCAGAAACAAAUGGAAAACUUUGACCAGAAUGUUGCUCAUAUCACAACCUGGAUGUAUCGUGCUGAAAUUUUAUUGGAUGAAUCUGAAAAACAGCAAGCUGGACAAAAAGAAGAAGCUUUGAAGCGUCUGAAGUCUGAACUCAAUGACAUGAGACUGAAAGUGGAUGCCGUGCGUGACCAGGCCUUGGAGCUGAUGACAAACCGUGGCGAUCAUUGCAGGGAGGUGGUGGAACCCAAGCUGUCAGAGCUGAAUCAGAGGUUUGAUACCAUUGUGCACAGAAUAAUAACUGGCAAGCCAAUUCCAGAGAAUGUAUCCGAUACCCCAAUAACAUUCGGAAUUGAGAUUGAGGAACUGAAAAAUCAGAAGAGUUUUCUCGCUGUGCAGGAGAAAGUGCAACAGCAGCUUAAGCUUCUGAAAGGUCAACAAACAUCGACUAAAGGACUGAAGGAAGCUCGCCAACUGACUACUUCAACCUUUGGUUCCUCACUGCAUCCCUCUUCUUUUCCUGGGCCACCUCAGAUAUCAAAGGAGUUGGAUCAGUUUGAUACAAAUAUCCAGCAAAUGCUGGAUGUCUUGGAAGAGGAAAUACAACUUGGAGAGAAUCUGAAAGAAGAGGACUUUGAGAAAGAUAUGAGUGAAGACGAUGAGAGGAAAAUGAAUGAACUGACAAAACGAGCAGAUUUGUUGCAACAGGAUAUCUCAGAUGAGAGAAAGCGAGAAGAAAUUAAAAAGAAACAACGGAUGCUGGAGGCUAAAUUUAAUAUUCUCAAGGAUUUAAGAUCGAUAAGAAGGAAAAAGGCUCUGGAGAUCACUCCUGAUUGGUAUCAAUACAAGAAGCAGGCUAACAACCUGUUGCAGUGGUUGGACGACAUUGAGAAAAGGUUAGCCAAUCUGCCAGAACCCAAAGAUGACCAGAAGAUGAAGGAGUUGGAUGCUGAACUGGAAGAGAAGAGAGGAGACCUGAAUGCACUGUACAGACAAGCACAGAGCCUGUCAAAGAAGGGAGCUGGCAAGGCACUGGAGCUUCAGCUGCUCCAGCUCAACAAACGCUGGAAUCACAUUGAGAGCAAAUUUGCUCAGUUUCGAAGAUUGAACUAUGCACCAAUUCUAAGUACUUACGAAGAACAGAUUGUUACUGUGCGGAGUGAAAGGAUAUUGCCUGAACCUUCUUACAUGCCUUCUACCUACCUGACAGAGGUACACCAGCUUCACAAAGCUGUGUGUGAUGUGGCACUUCUCCUCAAGUCUCCUGAGCUUCAAGCCAAGGACUUUGAAGAUUUCUCAAAGCAGGAUGCAUCUUUAAAGAAUGUGAAAAGGCAGUUGGAAAAGCUCUCAAGCCAAGUGGCAUCUGUACACAGCCAGAAACCUGCAGCUCUCAGGAGUGUCUCCUACCCAGAUGUUAACCGUAUUCAGGACGCAGUAGCUGAGCUUGAUGAUAAGUGGGAAGAUGUGAACAAGAUGUACACUGAACGUCAAAGGCGGUUUGAUAGAAGUGUGGAAAGAUGGCGUACCUUCAACAGUGAUCUGAAAGACCUGGCCAAGUGGAUGACAGAAGCCGAAAUUACUCUGGCUGACAACAAGAUGGAGGCUGAAAAUAUAGAUCCAGUGAGAAUGAAGCAAGUAAUAAAGGAAUUACAGAAUGGAAUUGGAAUCCAGAAGAGUGCUGUCGCUCGUUUGAAUGUGACGGGAGAGGAGAUUAUUGGACAGUCAUCAAAACCUGAUGGUGACAUCCUCAAGGAGAAACUAAGUGAGCUAAACAGACGUUGGCAGGAAAUUUGCAGACAGGUGGAUGAGAGAAAGAGAAGGUUGGACGAGGAGAAGAAUAUUCUUUUAAAAUUACAGGAAGAUUUGAAUGAGUAUUCCUGUUGGCUGGAAGAUACAGAGAAGACUUUGAGAUUAGUAUCGGAACCUGGAAAUGAGCAGCAGCUGAAAGAGUCACUAGAGAGAGUCAAGUUACGAGUGGAAGAAUUGCCCAGGCGGAAAGGGAUAUUGAAGUGUUUAAAUGAAAGAGGAGGAACAGCACUCAAAAGCAAGUCUCUGGCCCCAGAGCAACGCUUUAAAUUGGAAACAGAUCUCCUGCAAGCGAAUAAUUGCUGGACAAAGGUAUCGAAAAAUCUGCCUGAUAAACAAAAAGAAAUAGAAGAAUAUUUGAAGGACUUAGCACUAUUUCAACAGCAGAUAAACCUUCUCACACUCUGGGCUUCUACUACCAAGCAUCAGUUGGAAUCAUACAAGCAAGCACCAUCACCAGAAGUCUUUGAUAUUCAGGAGACAGAAGAAGGAGUACUAGCCAAACAGGCUGAUGUGGCAGGCGUAUUUUUCAAGGCACAGAAUUUCUAUAAAGACAAACCAAUUCCUCAACUAAUAAAGGGAAAAAUUGACAACCUGAAUUCUGACUGGAAGACGAUCAACAAGUUAUUAUACGACCUGAAACAAAGGCAUCAGCCUGGUGUCCUUUCAACCACACAGCAAACAGUUACCCUGGUGACACAGAUGCCCGUUACCACGGAAACAUCCUUCACAAAGUUCGACAUGCCAUCCUCUUUGCUCAUGGAUGUUCCUGCUCUGGCUGACUUCAACAAGGCUUGGGUGGAACUGACAGACUGGCUUUCAUUGCUGGAUCGCGUGAUCAAGUCUCAGCUUGUGACUGUGGGAGAUGUUGAAGAAAUCAAUGACAUGAUAAUAAAGCAGAAGGCCACUCUGCAAGACUUGGAUCAAAAGCGCCCUCAACUGGAUGAGCUUAUCACUGCAGCACAGAACCUGAAGAACAAGACAACCAACCAGGAAGCUCGAGCAAUCAUUACAGAUCGUAUUGAAAAGGUUCAAACUCAGUGGGAUGAGGUGCAAAGCCGGUUACAGUCUCGCACCCAACAGUUGCAGGAAAUGCUAAAGGAUUCCAGUAAAUGGCUGGAAGCCAAGCAAGAGGCAGAGGAACUUCUUGAGAAAGCCAGAACAAAGCAGGGAACCUGGAAGGAAAUGUCCUACACCGUGGAAAUACUAAUGAAGCAGAAUGCAGACGUAAAGCAAUUGAUCAAGGAGUUGCGGCAGUGGCAGAUAAAGGUGGACAUGGCGAAUGACCUUGCACACAAGCUUCUGCGGGAUUACUCAACGGAUAAUACCUCAAAGGUGGAGAUGAUGGCUGACAACCUUCAUGUUUCUUGGGCAGCUGUUAAUAAAAGGGCCAGCGAGAGGGAAGCUGCAGUGGAAGCAGCCCUCAGAUUGCUGCAACAGUACUAUCUGGAUUUGGACAAAUUCCGGGCCUGGCUUACAGAAGCAGAGACUACUGCCAAUGUCCUACAGGAUGCCACCUAUAAAGAGAGGCUAUUGGACAACACCCAGCUGGUCCAGGAGCUGACAAAACAGUGGCAGGAUCUUCAGUCAGAAAUUGACGCUCACACAGAUACAUAUCACAAUUUGGAUGAGAAUGGACAGAAAAUACUUAAGGGUCUGGAGGGUGCUGAGGAAGGGGUUUUGCUUCGGAAAGAUCUUGAUGACAUGAACUUUCGUUGGACUGAACUCAGGAAAAAAUCACUGAACAUCAGAGCCUGUCUGGAAACAAAUGCUGAGCAGUGGAAGCGGCUGAAGAUCUCCCUCCAGGACUUACUUACAUGGAUGAAUUUGAAGAAUGAUGAACUAAGGAGGCAAAUGCCUAUUGGUGGUGAUGUUCCCAUAGUGCAACAGCAGAAUGAUGUUCACCGAACUUUCAAACGGGAGCUGAAGGCAAAAGAGCCAGUGAUCAUGAGCACAUUGGACACAGUGAAUUUGUUCUUGGCUGAUCAGUCAAUCAGAGGGCCUGAAAGUCUACUAUCUGUACCAAAAGAAAAAACACCCGAAGAGAAUGUCCAAAAUGUUGCUAGAGUCAUUCGGAAGUAUGCCGAAGAUGUGAAAGUGGAAUGGGACAAGCUGAGCACUCACUCUGUUGACUGGCAGAAGCGUAUAGAUGACGCCUUGAAGAGACUACUGGAAUUGCAAAAUUCAAUGGAUGAAUUGAACCUCAAAUUGAGACAGGCUGAAGCUAUCAAAGAUACUUGGCAACCUGUAGGGGAUCUGCUAAUUGACUCAUUGCAGGAUCAUAUUGAAAAAAUCAAGGCUUUCAGAGGAGAAAUUGCUCCCAUGUCAGAGAAUGUGUCUCACAUGAAUGACCUCGCUUCUAAGUUCGUGCCACCUGAUCUCCAACUAUCCCCAUACAAUCUAAAUCAGCUGGACGAUCUGAACACGAGGUGGAAACUCUUACAGGUGUCCAUAGAUGAGCGUCUGAAACAAUUGCAUGAAGCUCAUAGAGAUUUUGGACCCACAUCCCAGCACUUCUUGUCCACUUCUGUCCAAGGUCCUUGGGAGCGAGCAAUAUCACCCAACAAAGUUCCCUACUACAUUAAUGCAAAGACUGUGAUCGGAAGUAAACUAAGGUCAUCAGAUCACCAAACCCAGACUACCUGCUGGGAUCACCCCAAGAUGACGGAGCUUUAUCAGUCACUAGCUGAUCUAAAUAAUGUCAGGUUCUCUGCAUAUAGAACUGCCAUGAAACUACGAAGACUUCAGAAAGCUCUUUGCUUGGAUCUUCUUACCCUGCCAAGUGCUUGCGAUGCAUUUGACCAGCACAGUCUGAAGCAAAAUGACCAACUAAUGGAUAUUCUGGAGAUAAUUAACUGCUUGACUUCAAUCUAUGAUCGGUUGGAGCAGGAACACAGUAACCUUGUUAAUGUGCCUCUUUGUGUAGACAUGUGUCUUAACUGGCUCCUCAACGUCUAUGACACUGGUCGAACAGGGAAGAUUCGUGUCCUGUCCUUUAAAAGUGGAAUCAUGUCUUUGUGCAAAGCACACCUGGAGGAUAAAUAUCGUUAUCUGUUCAAGCAAGUGGCGAGUCCCACUGGAUUCUGUGAUCAGCGCAGGCUUGGGCUUCUACUGCACGAUGCAAUUCAGAUUCCACGCCAGCUGGGAGAAGUCGCAUCCUUUGGAGGUAGCAACAUUGAACCCAGUGUUCGCAGCUGCUUCCAGUUUGCCAAUAACAAGCCCGAGAUUGAGGCAGCUUUGUUCCUGGAUUGGAUGAGGCUGGAGCCUCAGUCGAUGGUCUGGAUGCCCGUACUCCACAGAGUGGCAGCAGCUGAGACAGCCAAACACCAGGCCAAGUGCAAUAUUUGUAAAGAAUGUCCCAUCAUUGGAUUCAGAUACCGGAGCUUAAAGCACUUUAAUUAUGAUGUCUGCCAAAGCUGCUUUUUUUCUGGUCGGACAGCAAAAGGUCAUAAAAUGCAUUACCCGAUGGUGGAAUACUGCACCCCGACAACUUCAGGAGAAGAUGUCCGAGAUUUUGCAAAGGUUUUAAAGAACAAGUUCCGAACAAAGAGGUACUUUGCAAAACAUCCCCGAAUGGGAUAUCUGCCAGUGCAGACAGUUCUGGAAGGGGAUAACUUGGAAACUCCUGUUACUCUGAUCAACUUCUGGCCAGUAGAUUAUGAACCUGCCUCAUCCCCACAGUUGUCACAUGAUGAUACUCAUUCUCGAAUUGAACAUUAUGCUAGCAGGCUAGCAGAAAUGGAAAACAGAAAUGGAUCUUAUUUGAAUGACAGCAUCUCGCCAAAUGAAAGCAUAGAUGAUGAGCAUCUGCUGAUCCAACAUUACUGCCAGAGUCUGAACCAGGAGUCACCACUGAGUCAGCCUCGGAGUCCUGCUCAAAUCCUCAUCUCCUUGGAGAGUGAAGAGAGGGGAGAGUUGGAAAGAAUUCUAGCUGAUCUGGAGGAUGAAAACAGAAACCUUCAGUCUGAGUAUGAGAGGCUGAAGCAGCAGCACGAUCACAAGGGCUUGUCUCCUUUGCCAUCCCCUCCCGAGAUGAUGCCCAUUUCACCACAGAGUCCCAGAGAUGCCGAACUGAUCGCUGAAGCCAAGCUGCUUCGUCAGCACAAAGGUCGCCUUGAGGCUAGGAUGCAGAUCCUGGAAGAUCACAACAAGCAGCUGGAAUCCCAGCUCCACAGACUGAGGCAGCUGCUGGAGCAGCCACAGGCAGAAGUCAGAGUCAAUGGUACUACAGUCUCCUCCCCUUCUACUUCCUCGCAAAGAUCAGACAGCAGCCAGCCAGUGCUACUGCAUGGAGUUGGCAGUCAGACUUCAGGAAUAGUGGGUGAGGACGACUUGUUGAGUUCGACCCAGGGUACCAGCAGUGGAUUAGAAGAUGUAAUGGAGCAACUCAAUAACUCCUUUCCAAGCUCUCGGCGGAGGGAUGCCCCUGGAAAGAAAAUGAAAGAGGUAACAAUGUAGGCAGCCUCUUCCAUAUGGUGGACGAUCUUGGCCGUGCAAUGGAAACCUUGGUGACGGUCAUGACAGACGAUGAGGCAGCAGAGUAACCAGAUGUGCUUUAUCACAAUUUUGGCUUCAGAUGUCAAGCAUGGUUUUUAUAUGUUCAUACAAAAUAUAAAUGGAUUGGACCGUACAGGUUUACAAGUUUAAAAAAAGAAAACAUCUAUUUUUUUGUGAAAGGUAGUGGUAAUAUACUGUAGAUUUCAGUAGUUUCCUAAGUCUGUUAUUGUUUUGUUAACAAUGGCAGGUUUUACAGUUCUAUGCAAUUGUACAAAAAAUGAAUGAAAACAUAAAAUCUUGGUAGCUACAUACCUUGCCAUUUCUUUGUAUGGAACGUGUUUCGGAUUGUUAAAUUUGUAACAAUUAUGAAGAUUGUUCACUAAAAGGGUGCUUUCUAACAAAUAACACAUAAUUUUAUUGUUUAUAAACCCCCUUCCCCAGAACAAGACAAUUUUGAAAUGGUAAGAGGUAACGCAUUUGUCUUUGCUUCAUUUCAGCUGUAAUCAAAUAAGAAAAAAAAAUCACAAUCAGUGUUAAUCUUUAUUUUUCUCUUGGUAAGUGAUAAUAUUGUAGCACAUAGCAGAACCAAAACUCUUUAUCUGACAUCUCCAUUUUUCUAAUGAAAUGCCAGGAAUGAAUUGCUGCAUUGCCCAGAAAAUCUCCAUUGUUCAGUUAUAAUCACUAUAUAUUGGAGAGAACUUAUUUAUUUGGCAUUGGAUAUUUUAUCUUUAAAAAAGCAGUCUUUAACUCUCAUUAAUUCUACCUCAUUGUUUUGUUUUGGCUAAAUUUUUCCAGUUUUAAUUAACAUUCAGAACAAUAAUCCUUAAAUUUAUAACUUAGAUGCAUAAAAUUUACCAAUGGAUCUUUGAAAUUAAUCAUUUAUAACGCCUCUCCACAAUUGGGCAGUAAUUUUCUGUUUGUGGCUGUUUGGAGUUAACAUUAUCUUUCUAAUGCACCCUCGAACCAACUUUUUUAAGGUGUCAUCAGUUUUCUAAUCCAUUUAAAUAAGGUACAAAUUAAAGGUUAGUUUACUACAGAUGUUGCUGCUAAAAUAGGUAUUUGCUUGCAGCAACUGCAUUCUCAGUUGUGAUUUCAUUAAAUAGAAUAUUAGUUUUUGGGGUGAGUCAGAAAAAAAGGAUGCAAAAUAUGAAUUACUUAAAAAUACCAUGAAGCAUUUGAGUUCACUUUGUAUGACCUGAAUGUAUUUGACUAUGGAAGUAAUCAGUAUAACUUGGUGCAUAAAUAUCACUAUGGCAUGUUAUGUCAUUUUAACCAGUAUUGUUUGUUAUUCAAAUGUCAUCAUAAUAUAUUGCAUUAUACAUUACGUUAACAUCUCCAAUACACAUACUAAUUGUUUUGUAAAGUAUAUUUUGCUGCAUAAUCACCACAUAUCAAAUUCCACACAAUAUAUGCCUUACUAUUGUAUUAUAUAUUGCUUUACUGUGUAUACAAUUAAAGCACGCAGUUAUAUUACUUACAUUGUUUCUUUAUU